AAAAAGCAGCAGGUUUCAACACUCGCAAUUCAAGUAGGCAGUUCAUCUGACCAAAACCAGGUUCCGUCGUCAGGGAAUUGUCCCGCUACAAGUCAGACCGACUACGUGGAAGAUGAAAAGGACAAGGCUUCGACGGAGGCGAAGAGGGUCGUGAUGGGAAGAACGAUGUAUGCAGUAACGAUGACGUCCGAAGCCACCCAGGCCUCUGGCGUAGGCACAUUUUAA